AAAAUGGAGGCAUGCAUUUUUCAUAAACAAAACAGCAAGGGAUUUUGUACAGAAUUAUUUUUCUCAGCUUUUUUGCUGGAGAUUUUGAGGAAAUUUUGCUGAAUAUAGCUGAAAAGUGUAGGGGAGAAAUUGAUAGUGUAGAAUACAGUGAAAAACCCGUGGAGAAAGUUUUAAAAGGCGUGGAAAACAGUUGAUUUUCACAGUGUAAAAAAUUGUACAGCUGCAAAAGUUUUUUGGUAAUUUUCUCUGGAAAAAACAUGCUUAAUUGCUACAAUAGAGGCUGUGGUCAAUCUUUUGAUCCCGAGAAGAAUGAUGACGAAUCUUGUCGCUUUCAUCCGGGAAUGCCCUUCUUCCACGAUGCCUACAAAGGAUGGAGUUGCUGCAAGAAGAAAAGUGUAGAUUUCACGGAAUUUCUCAACAUCAAGGGAUGUACGGCAGGUAAGCAUUCGAAUGAGAAACCACCGGAGCCGGAAAAGCCAGAGAAAAAAGCUGAAGAUGUUGAAUUUGAGGAAGUUAAGCCCAUACGACCACCAAUUAGAGAAUCCCAGCUUCAGAGGCCAGACUUUGAGACUCCUCUGGUGACGCUGGAAGCUAAAGUAGCCCCUUCCUUGAAGCAACAAAUCGAUGCUUUAGCUCCGACGAAGAAGAAGGAGAGCGAAGCUUCUGCUGAAGUUGCCGUAGGAACCACCUGCAAGAAUCGCGGCUGCAAUGGGACUUUUCAGUCUCCGGAAUCGAAUGAGCAGGACUGUAUUCAUCAUCCGGGAGUCCCUGUCUUUCACGAGGGUCUGAAAUAUUGGUCCUGCUGCACGAAAAGGACGACAGAUUUUGGGGCUUUCCUGGCUCAAGCAGGUUGCAGCAUCGGGAAGCACAAAUGGAUCGCUGAUGGCGACAGGGAGAGCAUUAAAUGCCGCUACGACUGGCAUCAAACAGCUUCCAGUGUCGUCGUUGCUGUCUACGCGAAGAUGUACGACUACUCGAUCAGCUACGUCAAAAUCAAUCCUGUCCGGCUGCAAGUUUGCCUGGUUUUUCCUCAACAAAACAACGGAGAAUUUAACCUCGAUCUGGAGCUUAGGGGCAUUGUCGAUGUGGCCAAAAGCACCGUGGAUAUGUUCUCUACGAAGGUGGAGAUCAAACUGACCAAAGCAGAGCCGGGAUCUUGGCCUAAGCUAGACAUCCCGCGGAAUAUCGAAGAAAAGGAAGUUGAACCUGUGCACAAAAUCGAGAAAAUGGUCAACAAUGCCACUCUGGAUUCUUCCCAGGACGAGGAGGAUUCCGAUGUAGAUCUGGAUGACGUCGAAGCGUUCUUAGUUUGUUUCUCCAUCUGUGUGUCCAGCAGUCUCGUGAUGGCCCAAUAUUUUGGUGGCGAUCGCUUCAACUUUGGCUACAAUGCCCUUUCCGGUGACUUUGGUGGACCAUCCGCCUUCAGUCAAUUCGGACAGACGGGUAGUAGUGUUAGGGACCCACGACAGGAUAGAGGUACUGGCCCUGUUGUCUUCCCACCCUCUCCAGCCAAUGCUCCCGUGGAGUCCAGUGGGGUCAUAGUUGGUGCCUCUGGCUAUGGAUUUGUACCACCGCAGACGCCCCAAAGGCCAUUCUUUGGCUUCCCACGACAGUUUCCUUACACCCGAUAUCGAUUCUUGUGAAGAUCUUGUGGAACUAUCUCUAAUGCAUUCUUUCAGUAUUUGGCUCUAAAAACUCAUCCAAUCCUCCCCCUCAUCCUCUUAUUAUAAUUUAUAUUGUAAUGAUAUUCUUGUAUUUCUUCCACAAACAUUAUUUAUUAAUUACAAUAAGUGAUAGUGUAAAAACCACUGAAUUCUUCUAAGCCUAUAUUAGGAUGUGUUCUAAUUAAUUAUAAAUUAUUGUGCAGAAGGUUUUGUAAAUAAUGAUAAAACAUUAAAAAAUAAUUAUGAGAAGAGACUAAAUUGAAUGAUUUGUCUUUUGUGUUCUAAUGAUGAUUGAUUUGCAGAAUUAUUAUUAUGUCAUCUGUUGCAGACUGAAAAAUCAUUAUAAAAGACUAUAAAAUUUUCAAUAAAAGUCAAUGAUAC